GGCUUUGCUCUUACUCCCCCAUUUGCGAUCAGUCGUUUCCUUCUAUCGGAACUCAACUGUGCUUCUCCACCCUCGCUGAUUGUAGUUGUUUUACUUUCUCUAUUUACAGUAACGGACAAAAGCUAUCAAAAUAGGAAGACCUUCCACGUUUGCCUUUAUUACGAUCAAAAUGAAGAAGCGUGGAAUAAAGCGCUCGAAUACUGAGUGGUAGAAGAAGCCAAGGACCGAAGCAACCUGCCUUUAAACCCAUCAAGUGUCUGAGGGAGCAGAGGUCAAAUGGCAAAGUGGCUCAAAGACUAUCUGAGUUUUGGGAGCAGGAGGAUGCCUCCUCAGCCACCCAAACCAGACUACACAGAGAGUGAGAUUCUGAAAGCCUAUCGGGCUCAGAAGAAUCUAGACUUUGAGGACCCGUACGAGAACUCUGAGAACCGGGACAGAAACGACUCUGGGUCAUCAGACUCUUCCCUUGCUGCCUUUGGUUCUCCUCUGAAGUCCGCCAGCCUGGAUAUGAAGGUUGUAUCUCCCAAACACCGCCUCAUCAAGGUGGACUCACAGGAGCUGGGGCGAACUAAGAUCUUACUGAGUGCCGUCUCCUUAGAGGAACAAGAGCCUGUAGUUCCAUCAGCCCCAGCAGUAGGGGACACAGAUUACUCUGAUCCUUUUGAUGCUCAUCCAAACCCCUGGCCAGAGCCUGAUCUGGGACACGUUCCCUGUGAGAACAACGGCUACAUGGAGCCUUACGAGGCCCAACGUGUCAUCACAGAGUUGCAGCGUGGCCCCGGGGCAGGCCUUGCGCGGGGCGAGGUGCAGCUCUACGACACCCCCUAUGAGGAUGAACGGGGGCGGCCGUUGGGAGUGGGGCUGGGUUACGGAGACCUCCUGGAGGAGGGCAGGGAGAGCCGGCUGCCGCAGGAUGAUGAGCGGCCAGCAGAUGAAUACGAUCAGCCCUGGGAGUGGAAGAAAGACAACAUCUCUAAAGCCUUCGCAGAGAUGUCAGAGCUGGCUGAGCUUCCCUGGCCCCCUCCAGUGGGGCAGCAGCUGGAGGAGGAGCUCCCAACCCCCCUCAGAGAGCAAGUACAGUUUGAUGGUGCCGAGUGGGACCGGUCCUCGUCCCCCACGGAGCGCCUGCGUCCUCCCAGGUCCAGUCCCCUGGCAGGAGGGGGUAUGAAGUUCCGGAUGCCCUGCUCUGACCCCCACAACAUGAUGGGGGAGAGAGUAGACCCCACCCUGCCCCUGGAGAAACAAGUGUGGUACCACGGGGCCCUAUCACGUUCAGAGGCGGAGUCUCUUCUGACCCUGUGUAAGGAGUGUAGCUACCUGGUGAGGAACAGCCAGACCAGCCGCAAUGACUACUCCCUCUCACUACGUCCUUCUUCUCUCUCUGAGAGGUAAUCAGGCAGGGAGAGCACACUCCAGCUCUCACAUCAGCCGCUCUCACAUCAGUAAUGAAUAUGAAUCACCUUCGGUGGGCCACACACAGGUGCACGUGAGUGAGUGGACACGCACACUCACACUCUCACACAGAGAUGUUAACAGUGGAAACGCACAGGGUGGCAUUGUGUGAAGCGACAAAGCGACAGUAUGUGGCCCUCGUCUCACAAUAGGAGGUACCAGGGGUCUACGAGAAGAAGUGGUUUGAUCUUUUCUCUGAAUGGUUGUGAGGGAGACAGAGGUAGUUGAAGGGAGAUGAACAGGGUUCCUCAACUGGUGCCCCCCACUCCUGCAAUGUUUGGAAUCUGUUCCCUUGUUUUUGCACACGUAAUAGAGAGACACGUGAUUGUAUACAAAUCUAAGCAAAGUUUGAAAUUGUGUUUUAGUCAAAUAAAUAUGUUUGAGUUUCUUGUGGCCAAUUUGCAGUCUACAAAUUAUUUGUAAUUACGUUCCGGCCACCCGACCAUCCGCUCCAAAAAUUGGCCCAUUGUUGAAUCUAGUUGAUGAUACCUGGUGCAGAGAGUAAGUCGGCUUCGAAACAGACUGACAGCCCAGCAUCACACCAAUAUGAAUAUAGAUCAGACAAACCAUGUCUCUUCAAGAGAGAUUUAACUCUGACAGCUUGUCAGUGACCUGUGGUUAUUUAAUAAAAAACAUACCUUUCAUUCCUGAUGGUUGAUGUGCACUAAAGUACAUUAAGGUUGAACCAAAAUAUUACAUGUAACAAAUAUGAAAUAUGAAAUCAUUAUGUGAAAUUGAAUGAAACAAUGUUUGUUGAUGCUAAUACGAUGUACAAUAUUCCAUUAUGUUUCUAUAUGAUAACAAUAGCGUAAUAUAUUUAAUAUGCCAUAUACUAUUUUUUAAGUUUCACUAAUUCAUUUUAAUUAACUGAAUCAUUAUGACACACCCUCACUGUUGUCAUUGGUUGCACUAAUUGCACUGUUUGACUAAAUAACCUGGUUCAAGUAUUCAUGACAUCACCCUGAGGAAGGCACAGUGAUGCCGAAACGUUGGUAAAUACCCAUUAAAUUGCUGGGAGUUUA